UCAGAAUAAACUGCAGUCACAAUUUGCAAAAGACCCUUUUUAAAUUUAUCUACAAAGGAUGAGACUUACAUUUUAUUAGCUUUUCUGUUAUUCUCAUUUAAAUCCUUAUAUACAUAGGUUUUUAUAACAGAAGCAAAAUAUAUAGCCCAAUUAGAGCAUCAGAACUCAAAAGAAUUAGCAAUUUAGAUACAGGCUGUGCUUAGCUUUUCACUGAAAUUAGUGGGAAGGCUGAAUUGCAACUUCAGCUAAAGAAAUACUGAUUAUUUCUUGCCUCAUUCUAGGAACAUUGUCUAGAAAAUAUUCUAAUGCUUUAUCUUCUUGCUUAGUAAUAUACUCCCUUGAAAUCAGAAAAUUGUAUUUCCAAUCAAAUAGAUUCAGCAUACUAACCUACCAUUAUCUCUAACUAAAUUUGGCACUUGUAGAUAUGUGGGCCAGGAGUUCAAGGCAGUACAUCCAAGUUUGGAGGUUGCUAAGCACUCUGAAUAUUUGUUCCCCAAUUCUAGUAAAAAGCCCAAACUUAUCACUUUCCAGCUCUGACUGUUUAAUUGCAACCUUAACUGAGUUGUGAGGUUUGUAAAGGACAGUUCUUUAGUUACACUCAAGAGAAACGGAGUGAUUUAGCCUUGGAUUUACAGGAAACCUCGGUAUCGUCAGGGUAGGGAGGGGAAAACCUUGUGUUUACUUUGUUGGGGAGGAAGGAUUCAACGUUGUAAAUCUAAUAGAUAUAGGAACAUAUUAGGGAGAAUCUGGACCGUCAUUUACACAGUCUUUCCUUAAAUAUUCUGAUAUUCCAUAAUUGCAGAUCCUUCAGAUUAGACUCUUUUCCUCCUAGGCGCUCUCAUAUCCCCCCCUCCCUCCGGCAUGGAAACUUGUUUCCAAGUCUGAUAAAAAAUCGGGCUGGCCUGGCUGGCUGGCGAGUUCAAAGCAAAUACUCCUCCGUUUCCAGGGAAAAGAAGGUGCCGAUCGCUGGAGUGGAGAGCGCGAGCGAGUCAGCAGCUGCUUCGGAGCUCCACUAGCCAGGUCUUCGGGAGCAGAGAGCUGGAGGCUCGGCUCGGCUCGGCUCGGCGGCGCGCGGCGCUCCCCCGGCUCGAUCGAGUGCGCUGCUCUCCGCUGAGCUUGCCUAGGGUGACAAUGAAUGGCUGCUGCUAGUGCUGCUCGGAGGGCGAGGGGAGCAGAGCCCCUCCAUUGAGCGAGAUCUUCCCUCCCCCCUUCUCUUUGCACAGGUUCUACCUCCACUUUUUCUGAAAUGGAUGAAAAUGAUGGAAGAAGAAACUAUUGCUCCCAUAGAAAAUUCCAGGCCCUGGAGAUCACACUAUCAAAAUUUGGCAACUAAGUACCAAAUUGUGGAGAUGGAAAGAAAGAAGAACAGAAAACCAAAGAAAGAGUGCACUCAUCUGGGUGAGGAGGAGAAGAAGAGGAUGGCUCAAAUUCUCCAGAUGGAGAUCCCCAACUUUGGUAAUAGCAUCUUGGAAUGCCUGAAUGAGCAGCGGUUACAGGGGCUGUAUUGUGAUGUCUCAGUGGUAGUGAAAGGCCAUGCUUUCAAGGCACACCGGGCCGUGCUGGCUGCAAGUAGCUGCUACUUCCGGGACCUUUUCAACAACAGCAAGAGUACGGUGGUGGAGCUUCCUGCUGCUGUGCAACCUCAGUCCUUUCAGCAGAUCCUUAGUUUCUGCUACACUGGCCGCCUAAGCAUGAAUGUGGGUGACCAGUUUCUGCUCAUGUACACAGCAGGAUUCCUGCAGAUCCAGGAGAUUAUGGAAAAGGGGACUGAGUUCUUCCUGAAGGUCAGCUCACCCAGCUGUGACUCACAAGGCUUGCACACUGAGGAGGCACCUUCCUCUGAGCCACAGAGCCCUGUGGCACAGACAUCUACCUGGCCUUCUGGCAAUACGCCCUUACCCCUGGUCUCUCGUGUAAAGACAGAGCAACAGGACUCGGACUCCGUCCAAUGCACGUUUGUGGUUAAGCGGCUCUGGGAGAGCAGCCAGAAGGAAGGGGGUGGUGGUGGCAGUAAUGGCAGCCGCAAAAUGGCCAAGAUCUCCUCCCAGCAGGAGUUGAGCGGGGGGAGCCGGCAGGCUCAGCAACAAGUGCAACAACAGCAACAGGCCCAGCAGCAGCAACCACAACAGGGCCAGCAACAGCAACAGGCAGCACUAACGGGGGGAGGUGGAGGGGCAGGCGUGGUCAGUGGCCCCAGUACUUCAGACCAGACAAGUCCUGGCACCUCCAGUGCCUACACCAGUGACAGCCCCAGUUCUUAUCAUAAUGAAGAAGAUGAAGAGGAAGAUGCACCUGAGGAAGGCUCCGAUGAACAGUACCGACAAAUCUGCAACAUGUACACAAUGUACAGCAUGAUGAAUGUAGGGCAGACGGCAGAAAAAGUAGAAGCACUGCCAGAUCAGGUGCAGUCAGAGUCUCGCAACCGGAUACGAGUGCGGCAGGACUUAGCUUCACUGCCUGCAGAGCUCAUCAACCAGAUAGGAAACCGAUGCCAUCCGAAGCUGUAUGACGAGGGUGACCCAGCUGAGAAACUGGAACUUGUGAUAGGUACUAAUGUGUACAUCACUCGGGCACAGCUGAUGAAUUGCCAUGUUAGUGCUGGGACGCGGCACAAAGUGCUUCUCAGGCGGCUACUAGCAUCCUUCUUUGACCGGAACACCCUUGCCAACAGUUGUGGCACUGGAAUCCGCUCCUCCACCAAUGACCCCAGCCGGAAACCCCUUGACAGCCGAGUGCUGCAUGCUGUGAAGUUUUAUUGCCAGAACUUUGCCCCGAACUUCAAGGAGAGUGAGAUGAAUGCAAUUGCUGCUGAUAUGUGCACAAAUGCACGACGUGUUGUCCGUAAGAGCUGGAUCCCUAAACUGAAACUACUGAUGGCUGAAGGCGACACCUACACAACCUUCAUCAAUGACACUGGCAAGAUGGAGCCAGACAUCAUGGGUGUGGAGCACAACUUUGAGACCAGCAGCCAUGAUGGGGAUGCAGGCACCUCAGCCGAGGGCCUCCAGUGAAGUGUGCCCACCUCUUUUUCCAGGCGAUGGUUUUUAUUUCCUAAUUUGAUUUUUUUGUAGAAUCGUUUUCCACCUUUUCUCAUUUUCUUUUCGUUGUUGUUGGUUUGUUUUUUGUUUUGGCAGAGGGGAAAGAAAGCAUUGUGCCGUCUCCUUUUUUAAAACAAAGAUUCUAAAAUAUUGACCUUACUUCCUCAGGCACCACAGGUAGUUUGAGUUCAGAGGAGAGAUCCUGCUGCUGUUGCUACUGCACUGGCAGUUCCAACUGGCAUUUCUCCUCUCUCACCCCCUCCUUUUGUUACUGCUUUGAUAAAGAUAUUUUAGUGGGAGGAAGAACAACUAAAUCCACUUGCAAAUACAGGCCAUGAUCCAAGGAAGUAAUGUCCAGAGCACUGCCUGUUCCCCCAUCAGAUGUGUGUUGUCUCCAGAUUAGGGCUGUACAGUAACUUGGACUAACCAUUAGUAAGUCUUUCCAUUCUAGAGAAUGGGGAAAUGUUGGUGUUACAACAAACACAAGCAGGAAAAGGACUGAUCCCAGCAUUCUUGGGCUGUCGCCUUUGCUCUUCUCAGUUCCAGUCCUGCCCCUUCCAUUUUUGCUUAGGUACAUUUAGGUCUUAGGCAGGGAGACAGUUCCUUUCCUCUCCUGCCAUUCUUGAUGUCCUCACAACAUAAGUAUACUUGCACGCAUGCACACUCUCAUCUGCUUUCAUGCCUCUGAACCUAUGCACUUUCUCUAGCUGUGGCACACACUGAUUUGUCCUGUAGUUUAGACCAUUCUAAUCUCCUGAAUUAAUAUAUCAUGCAGGGCACUAUCCUUGUUGCCUUUUUAUUAGCACAGAGCCAGUACAGAAAACAAGAACCUUCCCUAAACUCGGAUGCUGAGAUUGGUAUUAUCCUCUAACACAGUCUCCAUUUCUUCUAAGCCAGCUUUUUCUAUGAAGUGGUUAUUUUUAACACAGAAUGUGUCUGCAUGUUACUCAGUUUUCAGCCAGUUUGCAGUAUUGGACAUAUCCAUGCAGUCUAUACAGUGACCAGAAGGGCUAUCUCUCUAGGAGUUAAUCGUAAAAGGCAAAUUUAUCUGUCUAGUUCUGCUGUCAUAGCUAGAAAUGUUCUUAGAAUUUGCUUUUAAAAUAGUUUUCAUUAAAGGGUCAUUCCCCUCCAGUAUGUGCUUGUGGAUUAGGGAACAGAAUAGUAAUGCUAUGGAUUUAAAUACCAACCCUUUCUUCCGCUUCAGAUAGUUUGCCAGAGGCAAACAUCAUGAGGUUUACAAAGCAGAUUUUGAUGGAAGACAGAGCCAAGGAAGAAAGCAUCACUUCCUUAAUCCAACCAGUGCUACAUGUUCACCAACAUGUGUGGAUGUUUCAGACCAAUCCCCAGCUCCAGACAGCUAGGAAGAAUCUUUACCAAAUGGUUGAAAGUCUCCAAAAAGUAACUAACCACAAUAUGAAACCUUACCUUUUGUUUUUCCCCACUAAAGGCCAAUUUCAUAUUAAUGCGGCUCCUGAGUUAUGUUUAACCUAGAGUAAAGGACUUCUGGUUGGAUUCCAUCUUGAGAUAGAAAGUAAGUAAGUGGGCAAAGCAGGAAAUUUUGACUUUUCAUAGUUUUGUUGGCAUGAUUAAGGCAAUACAGGUAGUCCUCACUUAAUGACUGUUCGUUUAAUGAUGGUUCAAAGUUACAGCAGCCCUGGAAAAAGUG